UGCCCGCGCCUCCGCGCGUCCUCUGUCGUGAUUGGGCGGCGCCGCCGUCGCGCGGAGGGCGGCCGCUGCGUUUCGAUUGGCCGCGCGGCCGUCACGUGGGCGCGGAGUUUUCGCGCCACUCGCCGUGAGGGGAAGGCGGUGGCGGGAAAAGGGCGGGAGCGGCUGUGAGGGGAAAUCGCGAUCCUGAGGGGAAAUCCUGAUCCUGAGGGGAAAUCGCGAUCGUGAGGGGAAAUCGCGAUCCUGAGGGGAAAUCGCGAUCGUGAGGGGAAAUCGCGACCCUGAGGGGAAAUCGCGAUCCUGAGGGGAAAUCCUGAUCCUGAGGGGAAAUCGCGAUCCUGAGGGGAAAUCGCGGCCGUGAGGGGAAAUCGCGAUCCUGAGGGGAAAUCGCGAUCCUGAGGGGAAAUCGCGAUCCUGAGGGGAAAUCGCGAUCCUGAGGGGAAUAUCGCGACAGAGACCCGCGACAGCAGCGGCCGCGCCAUGGCCCCGCGCGACUACGACAGCGAGAAAGAGAAGGCGAAGCGCUUCUUUCAGGAGUUUUACCGGGAUGGACCCGACGGCCGCAAGGAGUUCCCGUACCGGGAGCAGCUGGCGCUGCUGGCCCGGCGGGAGCGGGUGGCCCUGUGGGUGGCUCUGGACGACGUGGCCGAGGACGAGCCCGAGCUGGCCGAGGCCGUGGUGGAGAACGUCCGGCGCUACGGCCGCGUCUUCUCGGACGCCGUGCACGAGCUGCUGCCCCAGUUCGGCUCUGCUGAGGCCGCCCCCCGGGACCCCCUGGACGUGUACCUGGAGCAUCGGCUGCUGCUGGAGCAGCGGGGCCGGGCCGGGGGCGCCCCCCGGACCCCCCAAAAUCAGUACCCCCCUGAGCUGCUGCGGCGCUUCGAGCUGUAUUUCCGCGCCCCGUCCUGCUCCAAGCCUCUGUCCCCGCGGGAGCUGCGCGCCGGCAGCAUCGGGGCCCUGGUGACCGUGCAGGGGAUCGUCACCAGGGCCAGCGAGGUGCGGCCGCUGCUGCGCGUGGCCACCUACAGCUGCGACCAGUGCGGCGCCGAGACCUACCAGCCGAUCGAGGGCCCGACCUUCACGCCGCUGCUGCUGUGCCCGAGCCGGGAGUGCCAAACCAACCGCUCGGGGGGACGGCUCUACCUGCAGAGCCGCGGCUCCAAAUUCACCAAAUUCCAGGAGCUGCGCAUCCAGGAGCACUCGGACCAGGUGCCCGUGGGUCACCUGCCGCGCUCGCUGUCGCUGCACCUGAGCGGCGCCAACACGCGCCAGGCCCAGCCCGGCGACCACGUCCGCGUCACCGGCGCCUUCCUGCCCCUGCUGCGGCCCGGCUUCCGGCAGGUGACACAGGGCCUGCUGUCCGAGACCUUCCUGGAGGGGCACCACCUGGCCAAGGUGAACAAGAGUGAGGAGGAGGAGGGGGAGGGAGCGGAGCUGAGCCCCGAGGAGCUGCAGGAGAUCACGGGCACAGGUGAGGAUUUCUACGGGAAGCUGGCGGCCUCCAUCGCCCCCGAGAUCUUCGGGCACGAGGACGUGAAGAAGUCGCUGCUGCUGCUGCUGGUGGGCGGCGUGGAGAGGAGCCCCCGCGGGAUGCGCAUCCGGGGGAACAUCAACAUCUGCCUGAUGGGGGACCCGGGCGUGGCCAAGUCGCAGCUGCUGACGUACAUCGACCGCCUGGCGCCGCGCAGCCAGUACACGACGGGCCGCGGCUCCUCGGGCGUGGGGCUGACGGCGGCCGUGCUGCGCGACCCGCAGAGCGGCGAGCUGGCGCUGGAGGGCGGCGCGCUGGUGCUGGCCGACCGCGGCGUGUGCUGCAUCGACGAGUUCGACAAGAUGGCGGAGGGGGAGCGCGUGGCGCUGCACGAGGCGCUGGAGCAGCAGAGCGUGGCCGUGGCCAAGGCGGGCGUGGUGGCGUCGCUCAACGCGCGCUGCGCCGUGCUGGCCGCCGCCAACCCCGCGCUCGGCCGCUACGACCCGCGGCGCAGCCUGGAGCACAACCUGCAGCUGCCGGCCGCGCUGCUCUCGCGCUUCGACCUGCUCUGGCUGCUGCAGGACCGGCCCCAGCGCGACCGCGACCUGCGGCUGGCCCAGCACAUCACGUACGUGCACCAGCACUGCCGGGAGCCCCCGAGCGCCUUCCGGCCCCUGGACAUGAAACUCAUGAGGCGGUACCUGUGCGCGUGCCGGCGGCGCUGCCCGCGGCUGCCCGAGGCGCUCGGCGAGUUCCUGACGGCCGCGUACGUGGAGCUGCGGCGGGAGCGCGGCCGCGGCCUCUACACCUCUGCCAGGACCCUGCUGGCCGUGCUGCGCCUGUCCACCGCCCUGGCGCGGCUGCGUCUCGGGGCGGUGGUGGAGAAGGACGACGUCACUGAGGCGCUGCGGCUGCUCGAGGCCGCGAGAGACUCACUGCGGGGCGACUCCGAGCCCGUUCCGAGGUGCCCGCGGCCGUCGGAGGCGAUUUUCGGGGUCCUGCGGGAGCUGGGGGGGCCCGGGGGGCGCUCGGUGCCCCUCCCCCACGCGCUGGAGGUGCUGGGGGCGCGCGGCUUCACCCCCGCCCAGGUCAGCGCCGCCCUGGCCGAGUACGAGGGGCUGGACGUGCUGCAGGUGAAUCCCGCCAGGACACGCGUCACCUUCGUCUGAAAAACACAAAAAAUACCCCAAAAAAUCCGUGAGUUUGGGCAAAACUGCGAAAACCCCGCAAAAAUCACACAAAAAAUGGCCAAACUACCCCCAAAAAACGGCCAAAAUUCCCCAAAAAUCCCGAAUUUUGGGGGCUGGACGUGCUGCAGGUGAACCCAGGGAGGACACGCAUCACCUUCGUCUGAAAAACACAAAAAUACCCCAAAAAAUAAGUGAGUUUGGGCAAAACCGCGAAAAUCCAAAAAAAACGGCAAAACCCCCGCAAAAAACGGCCAAAAUACCACAAAAAUCCCGUAUUUUGGGGGCUGGACGUGCUGCAGGUCAACCCAGGGAGGACACGCAUCACCUUCGUCUGAAAAUACCUAAAUCAACCCAAAAUAUCCGGGAGUUUGGGCAAAACAGCGAAAAUUCCAUAAAAAACGGCGAAAAUACCACAAAAAAAUGGCCAAAAUCCCCCCCAAAACGGCCAAAAUCCUGAAUUUUGGGGGCUGGACGUGCUGCAGGUGAACCCAGGGAGGACCCGCAUCACCUUCGUCUGAAAAUACCAAAAUCAACC